CUCUGGCAAAAAGGAAGAUAUGUGGCUGGAGCCUGAAUGUUUGCCAAGCAAGAAUCCUACAAACCAUAACUCUGGUGAAGAGUCAGCUCCAUGGAACUCGUCAGAAGAAACAGAACUUGAAAUAACUUCAUUUGCUUCAAGUCAGGAUGGCUUCCACAGAGCUACAGCAAUUUCGACCUGCCUCCAGUCGACACAGCAGGAAGGUGGAUAUCUGGGGGGGAUUAUUAAAACAGCAAUAGAACCAAAUGGCACAACUUGUUCGGCAGCAGAAGGUGGGAUUCAUCAAGACAGUCCUUCCCGUUUGGAUGGUUCGGGCUGGUCUGUUCAGUCUUUUGGAGGAGUAACAUCUACAUCAAGUCAAUGCAACAAUGAUGCUACGUUGAGACCUUCAUGGUCGGGUCUGAGGGCCAUCCCUGGUGACCCACAAAUGGAUUUACAAAUGCCACCCAAAGCAGAGCCCGGAAGAACCGAUUGCCUGGGAAAUAGAAAUGAGAUGCCAAGGAAAGAGAAGGAACGCUGGUUUGUGACUAUGGACAUUGGUAAGACGUACUCCAGGGAAAACGUGGGAAUGUCAGCAAAAAAAAAAAGAAAAAAAAGAUGCCGUAGAAGUUCAGUAGAACUGGGCCUUGGGUUUGGGGGCUGGGGCCCAGGUAUUCAGAGUGAAUCAGAAGCAGAGAGAUAUGGGGCUGCUCAACCUCUGGGCGAGCAGACUUCCUGGGAGCCUGAGUCUUUUCAGUCUGGAGGAGAGUGUAUUGUUCGCACGGACGACACCAGGCAGCAGUUCCAAGGUCUGUCGGCAAAGCAACAGCUUGUUUCUCCCUCUGCAAAUCGUUCAUCAAACACCAGACUGCUAUCAGAGGACACAAACUUCACAAAGCCAACAAAAUCUGUAAGGGCGUCUGUGGCCUAUAAGGGUUCAGAAGACAUCUAUCAAAGUGAAGAGGUACUGGAAAAUAGACAUGUGCCGCAGACGUGUUCUGAACAUGACAUACCCAGGGAAAAAAUGAAUGAGUACAAUGGGAGUUUUUGGGCACAAGAACUGACAUACAGCCCUGUUGAUAACAGUUUCCUUGACUAUGGGUUCCCUCUCAAGGAGUCUUGCAGUUCAACAGAAAAUGAAACCGCUAUUUUUUCUCAAACUGCAGCAAAGAAAUCAAACAACGUAAUGUUUCCUGUACCUUCGUAUGACAAAAUCCUGGAGCCUGCAAUUAGCAAACAAGAGGGUAUUCAAAGUGAUAAUGCUCAGCAAGGAAAGGGGUUCCCUGCAGAGCAACGUCUUUCUGAAAGACAAUCUGUAGGGAUUUCCACAGCUGUAACUGACAGUAAACAUCGAGGGACAUUUUUAUCUGCAAGAUACGUGGAACCCGAAGGCAGGACCCUACACGUUCCUCAAGCGGGAGAAACCCCACUGGGCCAAAAACAAGCUGAUGAUGUGCUGGAAUCAAGUCGCGAGCAUUCCCAUCAAAGUCAAAGACAGACUUUCUCAUUUCACACAGAGACUGAAGACGCACUCGGUCUCCCCCCAUCUCUCUCUGCUCCUGAUCAUGCUCAAGCCCCCACAGCGGUGAACAAAAAUGUAUGUUUAGUAGUUACAGAAUCUUUAGGUAGUCUCCUGCCGCAAGGUCAACAGGGCACAACUGAAGAUGCAUGCUUAGAUUCAACCACAGCGUUGCCAGGCACCAGUGACCUGAAAUAUUUAAAUGAAAUCACAACUGAAACUGACCAUAACGGGUUGCACGUGAUAUGUCGAAACUGUGCUGCUUCUGACUCUGGGAGGAAGCGGGAGAACCGUGGAGGAGUCGAACAGCUAAUGAACGCGGAGAAGUUGACACGGGCUGGCAGCGUGCCAAAUUUAGACACGGAAAAGAACGUGGAAGCGAUGCAGCCCCCACUGUUUGACUCGGAGGACGAAGGACCUGCGGUAGAUCCGGAUUCUGGCAUCGGUAGCACAGAAUCUUGCGCUUCUCAAGAGCCACUUACUUUAGACCCCACUCACCCAGUUUACGCUCUUUCCCCUUUUUGGGAUGAAAUGGAAAAGUUAACCAUCAACGAUAUUCUGCAUUUGAGGCUAGUUGGUCAUGCCCAGCCACCUAAAGAGCUCCCCCGUAAUGCCGUAGCAGACACUUCAGAUGCUGCUGACUCUGACUAUUUCACGCAACCGGAUGAGUCCAAGCCUAACCGCUCCAGUAGCGAAUUCUCCACUUUGUCUGAUUUUGAAGAGGAGUUCUCGCAAGCCCUUAAUACAAGCACAAAUCCGAGCCCCGAGCCCCAAGCGCACGGCUCCGCAAGGCCUCCUAGUUCCAGGGCGACCUCGUGGGAAAGUGAGGGAGCCUUUAUUACAGGGAACCGAGAAGGCUUUGGAGAAGAACGAUCGUGUUCGGAUUAUUCUUCCCAGUCUCAUCUUUCGGGGUCAUGUGUUGCGGAGCAGUGCUCCUUGCAUCCUGUUCACUCACAGAGGGAGGAGAGCUGCUUGUAUUUUCUGAGCCAUCAGGUCUCUGAGCAAAAACCUGGAUCGGAACCAGCAGAGCUCAUGGAAAAAAAUACCAAAAUCUCACCUCCUUUCCUCGACAGUAAAGCACUAACGGCAAACUUUAAUAUUCCUUCGACAGAAAUAAUUGGGAACAGCGUUCAUGGAAACGAGGCUACGGUUAGUCCACUGGGCACAAGCUCAGUAGCCUGUUUUACUCACGAAGAUGCGGAGAAACUUUCGGUACCUGAAAUGUACGAUUGCUUUUUUUCCGACUUUGAGACCGGGAGCUUCUUCUUCCCCUUGGCUCGGAGAUGUAAUAAAAACAAAACAGUGCCCAUAUUUUGCUUCUCACGCUCGGCUAGACAAAGUCUCGUGUUCACAAAGAUGUGGCACUAUUGCCUUCCUGGGAAGUCGUCCUUUCGUCCGGAUGACGAGGACGACCGUGAACCAAUCCGAGCCGCGACGCGCGUCGGCGAAAGCGUCGGCGAGCCAACGGGGGCGGCGUGCGCACCGGACACAUACGAACAGUUUUGUACGGACAGUGACUGGAGAGGAGAUCUGUUCUGGAGAAAUCCAUUGUCCCUGAGGUGGACGUGCUUCCUGGGGGGAGGCCUCAGUCGGCCACACGGGAGUUUCAUUUCCUGGCAAUCUCUAGCCUUCAAGGGAAGGGGGAGUUCACUCUUUAGCAGAUCAACAUCUCAAGGCGAUCAAGAGUGUCUUCCAUGCACCGAUCACCUGGAAACGCGGAUGUUCGCCCAGAGUGCGGAGAGAACACGAGCCAAUCCAAGACUGCAAGCAGCGUUAUGUAUUCCAGCAGGAAAGGGCAGUCUGCUCCCAUCCCUCCAGCACGCCGACUUGUGUCUGGUCUGCAUUGCGUUUGCCUCCUGGGUGCUCAAGUCCAUCAACCCACAAGAUGCAGACACAUGGAAAACUGUUCUGCUGGCGAACAUGAGCGCCGUCUCUGCCAUACGAUAUUUGCGCCAGAGCUCCAGCGACAGUGCGCCUCACCAUGAGCCACGACCUACAUAUGAACCGUGACCUGGGUACGAACCGUGACCUGGGACCCUGAGACCUUUUCUCGGAAAGCUGGGGCCACGGUUCUCAACCGGUUUCUCUUACAUAUGCACCAAAGGGGACUUUUUUAGAGAAAUGAACACAGAAGUUCAACAAGUUAUUUGUGUAGAAAACAUCUGCAUGGAGGGAGAGUAUAGAGGGGCACUUUCAUUUUAUUGCUGAAUGUUAUAAAAAUAUAAUCUCCCUUUUACAUGUCUGUAGAUGAAUUACACACAGCUGGGGAAAGAUGAACCUGCCUGGAGCCAGAGUCAUAGUACAGAUAUUUUGAAUUUCUUUUACUAAUUAGCCAUUCAAGUAAUUUUUUUAGUAUGUGUGAAAUCUAUUUGGUGUCAAGGACAACUUUGAAUUAUAUAUUGUGGAUUGUUCAGAAGAUGAGCUGAGUGAUCUUCUUUCUCUGUACGUGUGAAACAUCUGUUUUUCUACAUUUAUUUAACAGACACUUUUCUUCCAAUGAACUCUAUGUAGU